AUGGCCAUUAUCUCUGCAUUAAAUUUAGAACCUUGCAGGCAUUGCACUAGUACAAUGCCAGUACUGAUAGGUAUUGAUGCAUGGCCAGGGAAGCAGCUUCACAGCCACAGUUAUCGUGUUCCUGAGCCCUUCAGUGGUCAAGUUGUGCUUUUAAUAGGGAAUAGAGCUAGUGCUGCAGACAUAUCUAUGGAGAUUUUUACAGUUGCAAAAGAAGUACACAUUGCAUCAAGAUCUACCAUGAAUGUAUCACCUACCAAAUGGUUUGGUAAUAAUAACAUGCGGCAUCAUCCGUUGGUUAAGUGUGCACAUGAAGAUGGAACUGUGGUAUUCCAAGAUGGAAGCUUGGUUCUUGUUGAUGUCAUUGUACAGUGCACAGGGUACAAGUACUAUUUUCCCUUUCUUGAGAUCAGUGAUACUGUAACUGUGGAUGACAAUUGUGUUGGGCCAUUAUACCAGCAUAUAUUCCCACCUGUUUUGGCUCCAGGGCUUUCUUUUAUCGGGAUACCUUGGAUGGCUCUACCUUUCCCCACAUUUGAAUUACAAAGCAAGUGGGUGGCUGGUGUUUUAUCCGGACGGAUUUCACUCCCAUAUAAAGAUAUGAUGAUUAAGGAUGUUGAGGCCUUCUAUUUUCAACUCAAAGUAACAGCUGUCCCAAAACAUUACACUCAUUUCUUAGGGGAAAAACAGUUUGACUACGCGGAUUGGCUUGCUGCUGAGAGUGGGUGUCAACCAUUGGAGGAGUGGAGAAAGGAGAUGGCUAAAGAACGUGACAGGAAUGCUACAGCACGACCCAAAAGUUAUCGUGAUGAAUGGGAAGAUGGAGAUUUGAUCGUGCAAGCUUAUGAAGAUUUUAGCCAGUAUUUACCAGCAGAGGACAAGCAGACAUAG